AUGGAGCAGUUAAAACCUCCGUCGCACCUAAGUUUUGAAGGGAACUUGGCCGAAAAUUGGAAAGAAUGGCUGCAAGGAUUUCGCCUAUACUUGAUCGCGUCAGGAAUCGACGAGAAAGCAGGCAAGGUACAAGUUGCUACGUUUUUACAUGUUGCUGGUGUUGAAGCGAGACGCAUUUAUAAUACAUUCAACAUUCCGGAGGAGGAUGUAGAUAAAUUAGAUGUAUUGAUUCAAUGCUUCCAGGACUACGUCGAACCACGUAAGAAUUUGACAUAUGUACGUCACAUAUUUUUCACACGUAAACAAGAAACUCAUGAGACUAUUGACAACUAUGUCACAGACUUGAAAAACAAAGCAUUACAGUGUGAAUUCGGGGAUUUGAAAGAGUCGCUAAUUCGGGACAGAAUAGUAUGUGGUAUAUCGAAUGAAGCAUGCAGAGCGAGACUCUUGCGAGAAGCAGAUUUAACACUCGUUAAAUGUAUAGACAUAUGCAGAGCAUCUGAAUUAUCAGAACAUCAGUUGAAGACCUUACACCAAGAACCAGUGGCAGCUGUAUCCGCUCACGCUGUAUCCAAGAAGCAUAACCAUGAAAAACAGCACAAUAGUAGUGAGACUCACAGAAAACAGAAAGCCAAUGUCCAAAGUACGCACACAGGCAAACCAUGUGGCAGAUGUGGUAGACAACAUCAGAAGGGAAAAUGCUUUGCAUACAACAAACUCUGUUACAAGUGUAAAAGCCCAAAUCAUUAUGCUAAAUAUUGCAAGACUGGAUCUAAGUCAAGUGUACAUUCGCUAGAGGAAACGGAAGAGGACCUAUACCUUGGCACAGUGAGUGUGGACAGUAUUCAUGAAGAGCUACCGUGGACAGAAUCUGUGACUAUUAACAAUGUACCAGUUACAUUCAAGCUGGAUACAGGGGCUCAAGCAAACAUAAUACCGCGAAAUGUAUUCAACUCGCUACAGAUUUCUCGGAAACACUUACAGAGUGUGAACGUGAACCUGAUUACCUACAAUGGUGACGUCAUGAAACCAGAUGGAAAAGUUGACAUUAGAUGCCGCAUUCGUAAAGUGGAACAUACACUUCCGUUUUAUGUCACAAACAAGGGAAGCACUCCUAUCCUUUCUAAAGAAACAUGUGCUCGUUUGGGAUUAAUACAACACAUACCAGCAGAGUCAAUAGACAAGGACGUGUUUAUGUCAAAAGACAAAUUAAUCGAACAGUAUGCAGAUAUUUUUAGUGGUUUAGGAAAACUACCAGGAAAGUACCACAUUGAAAUAGACAAAAGUGCAAACCCAGUGGUUCACCCACCAAGGAAAAUACCCGCAGCGUUACUUAAACCUGUACAAGAUGAAUUAAAGCGAAUGGAAGAUCUGGGCGUGAUAACGAAACAAGAUGGUCCAACAGAUUGGGUCAACAGUAUGGUGACAGUACGCAAACCAGGAAAAAUUCGCAUAUGUGUGGAUCCAAAAGAUUUGAAUCAGCACAUUAAAAGAGAACAUUAUCAUCUAGUGACCGUAGAAGAAAUUAUUGAACGACUGCCUAAUGCCAAAGUCUUCUCAAGAUUUGAUGCCACACAUGGCUUUUGGCAUAUUCAGCUCGAUGAGGAAAGUUCUAAAGCACUUACCUUCAAUACACCAUUCGGUAGAUACCGGUACCUGAGACUUCCUUUCGGAAUCUCGUCAGCUUCAGAAGUGUUUUCAAAACGUGUACAGGAACUAUUUUCAGACUUACCUGGUGUUGAGUGUUUAGUGGACGAUAUACUGGUACAUGGAGAAAACAACGCGGAACAUGAUGAAAACCUUAUUCGUAUGCUGGAACGCUGUCGUAAAGUAGGACUCAAACUCACCAGGGACAAAGUUGAACUUAGAGUUCCUGAAGUAAAGUACGUCGGUCACAUUAUUGGGAAAGAUGGACUCAAGGUGGAUCCGGAGAAAGUACGGGCCAUUGUGAAUAUGCCGGAACCAACAGACAUACAAGGUGUCCGCAGAUUCCUGGGACUAGUGCAGUAUGUGUCCAAAUUCAUUCCAAACUUAGCAGAUGUUUCGGAACCACUCCGGAUACUUACCAAAAAUGAUGUUGUAUGGCACUGGGAAAAGGAACAAGUUGACAGUUUUGCUAGAUUAAAGGAAAUACUGACACAAGCCCCUGUGCUAAAGAUAUAUGACCUUGAGAAGGACGUCACAAUUUCCGUUGAUGCUAGCUGCAAAGGAUUGGGUGCUGUAUUGUUACAAAAUGGGCAACCAGUCGCUUAUGCCUCACGAGCUCUUACUGAAACUCAACAGAGGUACGCACAAAUAGAACGCGAGAUGCUGGCAGUUAUAUAUGGAUGUGAAAAGUUUCACCAUUAUAUUUACGGUCGUUCGAUUACCAUAGAAACAGAUCACAAACCAUUGUUAGCAAUUCAUCGCAAACCAUUAUACCAAGCUACUCCAAGACUACAGAGAAUGCUGAUGCGUUUACAGCGCUAUGAUGUACAAUUGAAAUAUGUACCUGGAAAAGAAAUGUUUAUAUCCGAUGCUUUGAGUAGAGCAUUCUUGAAAGAGUGCAAAGAGACAUUAGUAGAUGAGGACAUUGAUGUGAACUUUAUUGAACAAGAACUUCCAAUGACAGAGAAAAAGCUUCAAGAAUUGAAGGAUGCCACAGAAGCCGAUGAACAGUUUCAAACAUUAGCGGACAUUGUUAGAGUAGGAUGGCCUGAGACUCGUGAACAAGUUCCAACUUGUGUCAGGAUGUUCUGGAACUACCGUGGUGAAAUUACCGUCCUGAAUGGACUAUUGUACAAGGGACAGUCUGUAAUGAUACCAUCAUCACUGCAGCGCCAGAUGCUUACCAAACUGCAUGAACCUCACCUUGGUAUCGUGAAAACUAAGCAGAGAGCCAGGAACAUAAUAUUUUGGCCGAACAUGAACUUUGACAUAGAACAAUUAAUUCAGUCUUGUGGAGUGUGCAACUCGUUCCGAAAAUCAAACAUCAAACAACCUCUAAUUCCACAUGAAAUACCGAAUACUCCUUUGGACAAAGAUUUACGAGCCCGAUCAACCAUUGCAGCAUGCAAAACAGUAUUCGCUAGAAAUGGCAUACCACUAGAACUAUUUUCAGACAAUGGACCGCAAUUUAGUUGCCAUGAGUUUAAGUGUUUUGCAUCGGAUUGGGAAUUUGCACACAGAACAUCAAGCCCUCGUUAUCCACGUUCGAAUGGUCAGGCAGAGCGCUGCAUCCAGACCAUUAAAAACUUGCUCAAAAAGGCAGAAGAGAGCAAUGGUGAUCCAAAUAUUGCUCUCUUAGAGUACAGAAAUACACCUAUUGAUGGAAUUGGAAAAUCACCCGCACAGCUGUUGAUGAACAGAAGUCUUCGUUCAAAGAUUCCUACAACUCGAACAUGGUUGGAGCCAAAACCUUUGGAAUCUCAACUCUCCAAACUUCAACUUCGUCAGAUGAAACAGAAAUAUUUUCAUGACCGAACCUGUUCUAAACUACCGCACAUUGAAGAGAGAGAGAUCAUUCGUAUGCAGAAUCCAGAAAAUCGAAAUUGGGAACCAGGAGUCAUUCAACAGAACCUUGGAAACCGUUCAUACAGCAUAUUGAACCAACAUGGAAGAGCUCUUCGGAGAAACCGUAGCCAGAUAUUGAAAUCGCGGGAAACCAACUUCCAGUUGUUACCCCCAGAAGUUGAACCACAAUUGAGUGAAUCUGUACCAAGUGAAAGUGAAAAUUCUGGUGAUGUGUCCAAUGUUAAUACCCCACAUUCAAGUCAGGAAAAUCCCGUGGCAAACAGCAAACCCUCGGUAACCAGAUCAGGAAGAAUCUCGAGACCACCCGCCUACCUAUCAGAAUAUGUGAAAUAA